AUGAAACAACAGUCUGUUCUUCAGAAGAUCCCAUUUCUGUCCAACAAUGUUUCUCGUCUGGUUUAUCGUUCUUCCGUUUGUUUGUUUAUCUAGUGUCAAGGUGAAAGUUUCUGAAAACCAGUGCCCUCAGCUAAAGAACUGUACUUGUCGAUACCAAGGUCAGUUUUUAAAUGUUAACUGUUUUAACAUAUCCGACACGUCACAGUUGACUAGUGUGCUACACGAAGACCUGAAAAACCAAACUUUAAACCAUGUUUAUAUCAGUAAGUCUAAUAUAUCCCACAUUCCCACAUCUCUUUUCGCCAACCUGACAAUUCAGAAGAUUCUUUUAAAUCACGUGGAUGUGAAGACCAUUGAUCCAGAUGCCUUUGAAACCGUUCAAGGACUUUUUCAACUCAAACUACAUUAUGGUAUAACAGAAUCCAUACCCAGAGCAAUUUCUAACGUAGGAAUAAAACUUCGGUGUCUGUGGAUGGAACAUGGAGAAAUCAAGGAGAUCAAAUUUGAGUUUCAAAACUUCACGAUCUUGGAACUCUUAGAUUUAAAAGCAAACAAAAUUGUAUCUAUCCACAAAGAUGCGUUUGUUUCCCUUAAAAAUUUACAUAAACUCGAUCUUUCCCGAAACGCAAUCAAAGUUCUGGAACCAGGAACUUUUCGAGAAAUGCAUCAACUAAAAGAGUUGUUUCUGGGAAACAGUUCAUUGAUGUAUGCUGACGGAUUGUUGGAUAACAUGGUCAACAUUGAAAAGGUGAUCCUAGUGAACAACAACCUUACUAAUAUCGACAAGUUAACUUCAACGAGGUUAUUUCAUGUGAAAGAACUUUUUCUAUCAAAUAACCCUUUACAAUCGUUGAGAAAAGAAACAUUUGACAAUAAUUAUGUGUCGUUGAAUUUGUUGCUACUAGAUCACAUGGAAUUAAGAUCGGUUCAUAAAGAAACAUUUCAGAAAAUGCUCUUUCUUCGCAAAUUAGAUCUAAGUAACAAUCAUAUAGUUGAAUUUGAAAACACAACAUUUGACAAUUUACCUCUGGUUGAUAUUAACCUCUUUAGGAAUCAGCUGGUAACCAUCAAUGGGCUCUUCUUUAACAUGCCAGUGGAAACUCUGAAUGUGGGCCACAACCGAAUAAGAAAUAUAAAAGGGGCAUUGGAUAAACUGCCCAAAUUACAAUAUUUGUUACUGACCGAUAAUGUCUUAUCUUGUAUUGAAGGCCAAACGUUUCAGAACAACGAAAUGUUGCACAAUCUAAUACUUUCCAGGAACAAGAUUACAUGGCUAGCAUCAAACGCGUUUCAAGGUCUUAGAAAGUUGAAACUCCUAAUCCUGAACCACAACUUGAUCCAAAGUUUGAAUGGGUCUUUGCAGUAUGUUCCUUGGCUUCAGGUUCUAGACUUAUUCAACAACCGUCUCACACAUCUGAACGCUACCGACUUUAACAGAACUCAAGGGUUGUAUAAAUUAAAAAUUUCAUCAAACAGACUCGUCUCAGUCGAAGGAGCAUUUGUUAACAUGAAACUCCUGGCUGUUCUCUUUGUGGGAGCGAAUCGUUUGGAGACGUUGUCGAGGGAAAGUUUUCCAGAACAGCUGAAAAACCUAUGGCAUAUUAAAAUAUGGGGUAACCCGCUGGCUUGUGAUUGUCGUAUCACGUGGCUUCUACGUUGGAGUAGAGAAAAAAGGAAAGUGAUAGAUAGACCCAGAUGUUUUCAACCACAGUGGUUAAAAAAUCGUCACUUCAGACACUUAAAGGAGAGUGAACUUCUUAUUUGGCCUCAACAUUGUCCUGAACCAUGCAAUUGUUUUUGUGUCAGCAAUAAUUCGGAUUACUUCAUUAACGUUGACUGUUCUGGCCGCCAAAUGUCAGAUAUUCCAACAGACCUUCCAGGAAAAGUGGGUCUUUUCAAUAUGAACAAUAACUCCAUUCAAAACCUUCAAGAUGUAGACUUCU